AUGAAGGCCCACGCUCUACUGGCAGUGAUACUGUCAUUCAUCCUCACAGCUUGGUGUAACCCCGUGAACAGAUAUGCCCCAACAGUAAAGAUCGACACAGGAGUCAUCUCAGGUACUACAAAGACAUUCUCUUCUACAUCCACGGAAACCACUGUUGUUCAAUAUCUCGGCGUGCCAUUUGCUGCACCACCAGUUCGCUUCGAACCACCACAACGACCAGAACCAUGGCAAGGUAUAUACGACGCAUCGGCUUACAAGCCGACUUGUAUCCAAAAAUUUGACUAUCCCGAAGAUGCACGUAAUCGCUCGAUAAAGUGGUUUAACACCCCGCCGCCGCCAGUUGGUGAAAGUGAGGACUGUCUAUACCUCAAUGUAUAUGUCCCAGCUGGGGCAGCAUCCAGGACCAAGCCCAAGGCGGUAAUGUUUUGGAUAUACGGAGGCGGCUUCGAUUUCGGUUCGGGAGCACUACCCAGCUACGACGGCUCAAGCUUCGCGGCAAAUCAAGACGUCAUUGUUGUGACGUUCAAUUAUCGGACCAAUGUGUUUGGAUUCCCAGGGUCGCCUCAAAUACCGCGUGAGCAGCAGAAUUUGGGAUUCUUAGACCAAAGGCUUGCCCUGGAUUGGGUUCAACGGAACAUCCACGCCUUCGGAGGCGACCCCCAGAGAGUGACAAUCUUUGGCGAGAGCGCCGGAGCAGGCAGUGUUGAUGCCCUCAUUACUGCACCACCGGAGCCCAUUCCCUUCUCAGCGGCUAUAAUGGAGUCCGGGCAGGCCAGCAUCAUCCCUCCAAACCCUUCUUCAUCCGUCUCCUGGCAACGGCUAGUUGUUCUCACCAACUGCUCGGGCACAGCUUCCCUUGAGUGUAUCCGCGAAAUACCAACCUCGUCAUUGAAGGACAUUGUAGAGAGAAACGCGCUCAAGUUCUUCCCGAUCCAUGACGGAGGGAUCACCUGGGCAGAUAAGCCACGCAUAGACAGACGCAAGUCGACGCCGCAGAAUUCUCGCAUUGCAAGAGUACCGAUACUCAUGGGAACAAACGCCGACGACGGUUCUGCUUUUGUUUACGGCGCUCUUGAUGUUAAGAAAUACUUGGAUACGGUUCUCCCUCCUAACACUCCGGUAGAGAGUAUCAACAGGGUGCUCGCAGAAUAUCCUAUUGGCUCCCCCGGUAUACUUGACGUCAACGGCCAGCUCAGUAAAAUCUACACAGACCUCGCCUUCCAAUGUCCUACGGCAGUGGUAUCAGCUGAAAGUGCAGCAGUGGGUAUCCCGACAUGGCGGUAUUACUACAACGCCAGCUUCGCAAACUCGGAGUUGUUUCCCGGAAGCGGUGUCGCUCACUCUACAGAGAUUGGUCCCGUCUUUGGAACGUAUCCUCGACAUAGGGCUACUCCUUUCCAGAGAGAGCUCAGUGCUACCAUGCAGAGAAUUUGGGCAGACUUUGCCAAGAACCCAGCUCAGGGACCUGGGUGGAAGAGUGUACCGGAGGUAGCCGUACUUGGAGGCGGCGCAAGGCCGGGAGAAAGCGACGUUGGGAGACGAGCGGUGGCAACUAUAAAUGCAAGACAGAUAGAUCAGAGAUGUUGGCUUUACAAACCUCUCUUUGACUUGGUAAGCGUGGUUUAG